AUGCAGCGAGAACAUAUUACGAGGCGCGGGGUUGGAGAUAAUGAGGACAGGGGGGUGGGGGAUGUUGUGGGCGAGGGGGUGGGGGAUGAUGAGGGCAUGGGGGUGGGGGAUGAUGAGGGCAUGAGGGUGGGGGAUGAUGAGGGCAUGGGGGUGGGGGAUGAUGAGGGCGGGGGAGUGGGGGAUGAUGAGGGCGGGGGGUGGGGGAUGAUGAGGGCGGGGGGUGGACCUCAUGACCUCGUGCGCCUGGGCAUCUGUAGAGCGCUGGUGGUGCACUCCUACGGGCUCGAUGAGAUCUCCCUCAUGGGUCAGUCAGUCCACCCCAUGGGUCAGUCCGCCUCACUCGAACCGCCACCCCCUAUCCCUCCCCUGUUCCACUCCCCCGCCUGUCCCUCUCCCCUUUUGUCCCUCUCCCCUUUUGUCCCUCUCCCCUUUUGUCCCUCUCCCCCUUUUGUCCCUCUCCCCCUUUGUCCCUCUCCCUCGCCUGUCCCUCUCUGCCCCUCGUCCCUCUUUCCCCUUUGUCCCUCUUCUCAUCCUGUCCCUUUCCCCCCCCUGUCCCUAUUCCCCCUCCUAUCGCUCUCCCUCAUUGUCUCUCGCUUUCCCCCUGUUCCUUUUUUCCCCUUGUCCCUCACCCCCCUCUCCCCUCUUGUCCCUCUCCUCCACUGUCCCUCUCCCCCCUUGUUCCACGUCUCACUAUGUCCCUCUCUCCCUGCCUCUCUCACAAGCCCUACAGACGUGCUUGAGCCACUGACCUUCUGCUCUCGUUUCCCUCGCUCUCACAUCCGCCACCUCUCGCUCUUUCCUCUCUCCUCACUCCUUGCGUCCCUCAAUAGAUUACCUCAGACGCUCCUCCCAUUCGAACCCAGGGUGUGCGGGAACAGGGCUGGCAGCGUGUGGGGUGGCUAG